CGUGCCGGCUGCAGGCGCCGUCGCUAACAUGGCGGCCAAGGUGGCAAAGCUGGCAGCUCUUUCUUCGGGUCUGCCGUUUGCAUGUUUUACUGUGUAUGCAGCAACAGAGAAGGAAUCAAAAAGCCAGCUGGUGAAACCAGAUCAGCUACCAGUUUACUGUCUACCACCUCUGAAAUCGAAAUACAUUGAAGAACAGCCUGGUUACUUGCAGAAGCAAUUCUCUUCAGUAAGACAGACAACUGGCCACUAUAUUGGAUGGUGCAAGGAUGCUUUUCUCUUUGUUAAAAAUGGAAUCAUGGAUUCAGUUCAAUUUGGGAAAGAUGCUUACAUUUACCUGAAGAAUCCACCACCAGAAUUUCUUCCCAAUGUUGGUAUCAUUACAAUGUCAGGCUUGGCAGGCCUAGCGCUGGCAAGGAAAGGUUCUAGAUGGAAGAAAAUUGUUUAUCCACUGGGACUUACUGCUUCAGGGAUUUCUGUUUGUUACCCAGCUCAGUCAGUGGUAUUUGCUAAGGUGGCAGGGAAAAAGUUGCUUUCUGCAAGCCAUCAAACCUAUGGGGCUUUGCAAUCACUGUGGGCAGUAAAUGAAGGUGUCACCAAGAUGCAGCAAGAGUCAAUAUCAGUUACUGGGGAAGAUAAGAAAAAGAAAGAAAUUUCUAGUACAAAACCUGAGUCUGCUAUUGAGUCAAGAUCAUUUAACAGAACAGAAUCUUCUCCAGUAGAGUCUUGGAGUAACGAAGAUCCAGUGCCUUCAUCAGGACCAGUGAAGACAUCAAAAUUUAAGCCUGAUCCAAAACUUAUGGACCAUGGUCAAUCCAGCCCAGAAGAUGUGGAUAUGUACAGUACUAGAAGCUAAGAGAAAUAUGCUUACAAACCUUUGCAAAGUGUUACAGAUAGGGGGAGGGAAAGAAGAGAAGGAAUAUUCCUUAUGAUACGUGCUCUGUGAUGUAUAAUUUCAUCAGGUAUUUUCUUAUAUCCCAGUUUGUAUUAUUCACUUACAUGGUUCUUAGUGGAUGUUUUGUUUCUCACUACCUGUAAGUGGUGAGAGUUCACUCAUUGUCAGUGUUGUUAGUGAGACACUGCGAAAGUGACCUUUGUCAGGGUCUUCUCACAGUGAGGUUUCUCUUUGCCAAGCUUGUUAAUAAAUGUCACUUCACAAAGGAUACUUGAAAAUGUAAA